AAAAUGUGCAACACACCCCGUGGUAGUCCUCUAGGUCUAGAAAGCGGUAAAAUCCACGAUGAUGCUAUUUCAGUUUCAAGUGAGUGGAACGAGACCCUUGUGGACAAAAAUAAAGCUCGUCUUAACGGUUUAUCUGCGUGGCGCCCUGUCACCGACGACGCUGACCCCUGGCUACAGGUUGCCUUUGAUUCCGCUUUUAUCAUCACAACUAUUAUAACACAAGGCAGACCAGUAUUUGAAAGACAGUGGACGACGUUAUACAAAGUGUCAUACAGUAUGGACGGAACGUCAUGGGCCUUCUACCAAGACACCUAUGCUAAUACAGACAAGGUCUUCUCAGGAAAUUACGACGGUGAUAGUCAAGUAGAACACAACUUCCUCACACCCAUCGUAUGUAGAUACUUUCGUAUCCAUCUGAUAAAGAGCUUGGGUUAUAAGAGCAUCAGGUUAGAACUCAAUGGGUACGGUCCCAUCAAUGAAUUAUUAGCUGCUAUAAACCAAGAGGAAUCUGGAUGUCUACAUCCCCUGAGAGGAAGUAAAAUGGGAGUGGAAGAUGGACGAAUCCCAGAUUCUAGUCUUACUUCUUCAUCGUAUCAAAUUCUUGGUGGAUUCCUUUUUCUAGCGCAAAAUGGAAGAUUGAACGGCGGAAUUGAUUCUAAUAGGAGCGCUGGCUGGCUAGCCGUUGAUGACGACCAAGACAGAUGGGUGAUGAUAGAUGUUGGUCAAACCUCUCUCAUCACCGGUAUUAUUGUACAAGGGCGACACAUGGAACAUCAAUGGGUAACGUCUUUGAAAGUGUCCUAUUCUCUGGAUGAUUUUGUAUGGACUUUCGCUUUGGAACCACAAUGCGAACAGCAAAUCUUUCCUGCAAACUACGAUAAUGACACUCCAGUGACUAUUGUGUUCAACCAGCCACUGACUGCUCGCUAUGUCAGAAUUCACCCACUCAUAUGGAACAAUGACUGCGGCAUGAGAUAUGAAGUCCUUGGUUGAUACUGUAGUGAAGUUGAUAGUAGGAGUAGAAGAGACGACAAGACAAAACAUGGUGUCAGGACAGAGCUUUUAUUGGAUUCUGUGAUGUUGAUUUUGGACAGUUUUUCGUGAUCGUCGGAGCAGAUCGGAAAACGGAAGGAUGCACUUCCGAAACGGCGAAUGUUCACAGAGCAUGACCGAGAUGAAAUUGUAAGUCCAGCUUUUGAUGAGACAUUUUAUGACCUCCCAAUAUUCCUUAAUGAUGCUGGAUGAUGCUGAAUGAUGCUGAUGAUAAAGUAGUAAUAUCUGAUUGGAAACAAGGGACAGAACUCGGUGCUGAAGGACGAGUGACCGGAAAUACCAGACAGUUUGCAUCCCAUUGACAUUGCACAGGAAAAGUGCAGUGAGUGACCGGAAUUACCAGCUGUUUUCACUUGAUUGUUUCCAGGGUUAGAAAAAUUCAUCAUCAGUACAAUGGAGCAACUGAGGCCUCCCAGACAGAUGAACUUUGAAGCAAGUGACCUUUCCUUAGAGUGGAAACAGUGGAAAGAUGAGUUUGUGCUCUACAUGGAUUUGAGCAUGGAUGGUAAAGAGGACAAGGUGAAGCUCAAGAUGUUGAAGUACCUUGUUGGUCCACAGGGAAGGGAGCUCUACGAGACGAUAAAACCUGAAGGGACAAGAUUACCGAAUGGAACCGUGCAAGACGUCACUAUGGCCCAGGCUCUGGAUGCUUUUGAGAAGCAUUGUCAACCAGUAAGGAAUGAGACCGUGGACAGGUAUCGGUUCUUUACUCGAAGUCAAGGUAGUGGAGAAUCAUUUGAUUCGUUCUUAACUGAACUCAAACUGUUGGCGGCUCACUGUAACUUCGGAGAUUUAAAGGAGUCUCUGAUUCGUGAUCGGAUCGUAUGCGGGAUCAAAGAUGGCAUGCUCAGGGAGAGACUUUUACGAGAAUCUUCACUUGAUUUGGACAAGUGUGUCAAAGCUUGUCAAGCAUCUGUGCUCUCUAAGGCCAGAUUAGAUGUUCUUGUCGGUGAGCAGCAACAAUUGGUUCAUGCAGUGAGCAAUAAAGAAAAACCCAAGAACUUGCAGGCAGUGCAGUGUAAAUUCUGUGGACGUUGUCAUGAAAGGAAAAAAGAGAAAUGUCCAGCCUUCGGGAAAGAAUGCUUUGCAUGCAAUGGAAAAAAUCAUUUCUCUAGUGUGUGCAGGAGCAAAGCCAAGAAAGAUGGUAAGGAUCAGAAGAGAGAUCCAAAGAAACCAAAGAAAAGACCAGUCCAUGUAGUGGAAGCAGGCAGUUCAGAUGAAGAAUUCCAGGAAGUUCAGACAGUGGAACUGGAAGGAGAGCAUGCUGUGUACGGGAUAGACGGGGGAAAGUUC